CAAAGUACAAUCUUAAGGAUGACAACCAUUGCAAAUGAAAAUCCUCGUCGAAACAGGCAAUAAAUUGUCACGCUUCCACACUUCGUUUUGAUUGGUCAUCAAUCCAAUCCCGCAUGUGACUUAACGGAAGUUAUUGCAAUCUGUCAUGGUGUGACCUGGACUUUGGCAACGGAUUUGCUUCCUGUUUUGCUGAAAUGGAGGUAGCCAAAACUGACUAUACAUCAAAUAUGAAGACCUGCUUUAGAGCCCUAUUGUUUUUGCUGAUUAUAAUUUACAUUGAUGCRAAGCCCAAGUCUCGUAAAGGACUUUGUUUUGCACGUCACUCGGCAAAGAGCGGCUGCAGAACGAUUAAGAUUAUUAAAGGAGGGAAGAAGUCUACCCUCGACGAAUGCUGUAGAAAUGGAGGACUAGGAUGGAGUUUGAAAUCAAAGGAGAGAAAAACCUGCACUACUUGUAAAUCURUUGUUUCAGAUAAAGAGCCCAAGAAUCCUAAAGGGGUUUGUUUUGACCGAUAUUCCCCGAAGAGUGGAUGUAGAAAGUUCACAUUAGUAAACGGCGCAAAAAGGAGCACAAUCGAGGAGUGCUGUAGAAGCGGAGGCGAAGGAUGGAGUAUAAAAAAGAAAGACCGCAAAAACUGCACUUCCUGUCAAACUGUCGAUACGAGUUUCUGGGGAGAGUGGACUACRUGGACAARAUGCAGCGCAACUUGUGGCCAGGCUUCUAUGGCGCGACACAGAAAGUGCAUUUCAAAUGGUAAACCAAGCUGUCGAGGACGCAAUGUGCACACUAAACAGUGCAWGAACUUGCCUCACUGUCCAAGUGGAUGGACCGACUGGUCACCAUGGGGACCGUGCUCUAAGACGUGUAAGAAAGGGACGAAAAUACGACGACGAGCAUGYGCAGAUCCWAAACCCCAGUAUGGAGGGAAGGAAUGURWAGGUGGACUUGAGGAUUGGGCUGACUGCGAACUGAAACCCAAUUGUCCAAUUGAUGGGGGCUGGGGAAAGUGGGGCCCAUGGGGCUCGUGCAGCAAGACCUGUGACCUGGGCACUAAAAURCGUACGCGAAAAUGUACCAACCCACCUCCCAGAUAUGAUGGUAAACCAUGCAUAGCUAAACAAGCCAAUGGUUUGGACUAUUGUUUAGAGGAGCGAUGCAAUCCAGGAAAAACUCCAUGCGAUGAUAGAAAAGAAGAAUGUGCAUCAGGUUCAGGMUCAAAAUGGGAUCAAAAUUCAGGAUCAGGAAGUGGARAUGGGUUUUCAGGUUCUGGCUUUAGCUCUGGSUUUGGUUCGGGUUCAGGGGAAGGUAUAGAUGGUGGCUCCGGAGGAGGGUUUCACAGACRAUCCCACAAAAGGAAACCAAAAAUCCCUGACGAUGAAGACUUACGAUAGCCGACUACAAUGUGCAUCACAUAUGUGUAGUCAUGGUACAUUCAAUUUCUAAAAGACAUUCACAGCAUAAGGCUGUCCUAGUUUGACUAAACUUCAGUACAUACAGCCUUUUGCAAAAAAUAUGAGAAUUGUUGAAAUAUAUAAAUAUCAUAAUAUCAAUUGCAUGAUGGUUAAUCCCGCGCGAAGCCCUUAGUCCCUUGUCUUUGUAGUUUAGUUUUUUUUUGGCGACAGACUUAUCCGUAGUUCUGAACAUUUUCUCGAUGUCAACAAUGAAUUAUUCUAGCAAACCCUCGUGUUCCAGACAAUAUAUGGAUAUGGAUAUUAUGAUAUUUAGAUAUUUAGACAAUUCUCAUAAUUUUUGCAAAAGGCUGUAUUYAUCAAAAUAUAAUUGCUUUGAAAAGCAAAGAAACAAGACCAGCAAAUCCACAAAAAUUUAGUCACAAUAUAGUGGGAAAUAAUAUGAGCUAGAGUUCAUUUAUUAUAUCUAUGAAACACUGCAGGAAUUUGCUCAAAAUUCACUGAAAGGUUAAUUCAAAACACAAGAAACAAGAAGGCAAAUGUGAAAUUGUUAUUUCAAUUGCAAAAAAGGAAAAAAUAGUUAUAUUAAGAGAAAAGGCACAAGAAGUUAUUUAUAUGUCAAACAUUUUCAAACUAUGAGUUCAUCAUACAAAUAAUUUCUUUUGCUUUUCUCUUAAUAUAAAAGAGAAAUUGUGCCACACUAUUACUGUUUCAUGGGUUAUUGUCCUUGACAAUGAAAAGCUACAACAUUUUCAAGUUGUUCACUACAUAUAUUUUUUUUAUUGUUUUACACAUAUCAUUACAUUGUUUAAAACAUCAUUCCUGGACGAUAACUGAAUUUCCUUACAUGUACAAAUAUAUCUUGUUGGAAUAUUCUGACACAGCUUUAAACUCUAUGACAAGUACAUGUAGUAUUUGAAAGUCUUAAGUACUUUAAAAGUUGCUUUUCUCUUAAAAGAAACCUAAAUACAAUAUUUUGCUACAAUAUUUUUGGGUUUAACAAAGUCAAUCCAAACAAG